UAGAUUCGUUGUCUGCUGUGCUUGUAGUCGGUCACACUUGUUUUCAACUUUUCAAGUCUGCGAUCGAGAUUUUUUCAGUGUUUUCACUGAAUUUGCUAUUUUAGAUUAAUUUUACUUUGCUUUCCACUGGUUAUUCGAAAAUGUCUGCAGGAGAUGUCGAUCAACGCAUCCGAGACAUUCAACGUGAAUACGCUGAAUUUCUCGACGACUACAAUCGAGAUGGAAUUUAUACUCAACUUGUGAAGGAUAUGGUGAGUAACAAACAAACUAGGUUGGUUGUCAACAUCAAUGAUCUUCGCCGUGUCAAUGCUGCUAGAGCCAAUGGCCUGCUUACAAAUGCUUUUGAAGAGCAAUUGGCGUUCCAGAAAGCUUUAGCAGAGUUUGUUGGAGGUAUUGAUUCAAGCUAUGCAAAGGAGCAUGACGAGUUUUUUCUUGGUUUCGAGGGAAGUUUUGGAGCAAAGCAUGUCACUCCAAGAAGUCUCACUUCACGAUUCAUUGGAAAUUUAGUCUGUGUUGAAGGGAUUGUCACAAAGUGUUCUCUGGUUCGACCGAAGAUCGUUCGCAGCGUGCAUUAUUGUCCUGCAACAAAGAAAACUAUCGAACGGCGUUACACCGAUUUGACUAGUUUUGAUGCAUUCCCUUCAAGUUCCGUCUAUCCAACCAAGGACGAAGAUGGCAAUUUGCUAGAGACAGAGUAUGGACUGUCUACUUAUAGAGACCAUCAAACGUUAACGAUCCAAGAAAUGCCAGAAAAAGCUCCUGCCGGACAACUGCCUCGUGCGGUGGACAUUAUUUGUGAUAACGACUUGGUGGAUCGAUGCAAACCUGGCGAUCGUAUCCAAGUUAUUGGCACUUUCCGCUCGUUACCAGGAAAACAAGGAGGAUUCACAUCAGGUGCCUUCAAGACGAUCCUCUUAGCUUGCAACAUUGUCCCCCUCAGCAAAGAGGCUUCCAUCUUCAUCACUAGUGAUGAUGUCCGAAAAUGUAAAAAAUUCUCUCGGAUGAAAUCAAUUGACGUCUUCCAGCUCUUGGCCAAAUCUCUGGCGCCUUCCAUCCACGGGCACGAAUACAUCAAACGUGCCCUUCUUUGCAUGUUGCUCGGCGGUCUAGAAAAGGUUUUGCCCAACGGUACUCGCCUUCGUGGUGACAUCAACAUUCUACUAAUUGGCGAUCCUAGUGUUGCCAAAUCUCAACUUCUUCGUUACGUCCUCUUCACGGCGCCGAGAGCCGUUGCUACAACAGGCCGUGGUUCAUCCGGCGUCGGUUUAACUGCUGCAGUGACCAACGAUCCUGAAUCUGGUGAGCGACGAUUGGAAGCUGGCGCCAUGGUUUUGGCUGAUCGCGGAGUUGUUUGUAUCGACGAAUUUGACAAAAUGUCCGACAUCGAUCGAACUGCCAUCCACGAAGUCAUGGAACAAGGAUCGGUAACCAUUGCAAAGGCAGGCAUCCAUGCUCGACUGAACGCUCGUUGCUCUGUCCUGGCAGCCGCCAAUCCAGUGUACGGUCGCUAUGACCAAUACAAAACACCCAUGGAAAACAUUGGCUUGCAGGAUUCACUACUGUCUCGUUUCGACUUGUUGUUCAUCGUGCUGGAUCUGGUGGAUGUUGAGCAGGACCGUCGAAUCGCCGACCAUGUUGUCCGAAUGCAUCGCUACCGUGCGUCAACGGAACAGGAUGGGGAACCGCUCCCAUUGGCCAUGAAUUUGGACAUGCUAUCGACCAGGAAUCCGGACGAGAAUGAGUCUACCGUCCAGGAGACGCCGCUUUAUGAAAAGUACGACGCUCUUCUCCACGGUUCAAGCCGUUUGAAAACGGACAAAGUCGUUAGCAUGCAGUUCAUGAAGAAGUACAUUCACGUCGCCCGCGCCCUUAAGGUUGGUUCGUUAUUCUUUGUGACAUUUGGCAAAGUUCUCAUGAUAUUUAAACUUGACAAAUCUCAGCCAACAUUGUCGCAAGAAGCAGCUGACGCCAUCGCUGAAGAAUAUUCGCGUCUCCGGUCUCACGAAGUUGAAAAUCCAGAUGUGGCGCGCACCCAACCGGUAACGGCUCGUGCGCUCGAGACGCUGAUCCGUCUCUCCACGGCUCACGCCCGUGCACGUCUAUCAAAAGUCAUCGAUGCUGAUGACGCGCAUUCGGCCAUUGAGCUCGUCCAAUUCGCUUACUUCAAGCGAGUUCUUGAGAAGCAGCGUAAGAAGAAGAAGGUUGAAGACGACGGCGAAGAGGAUGAUGAAGUCGAUACCGAAGAGGAGGAGGAACCGGAAGAAGAUGUCGACGAAACGACCGUGUCUACUGCCGAGUCGCAGAAAAAAAGGAAGCGCACUCGAACCACUCAGGAAGAUCCGUACGAAUUCGACGCUACCAGCAGCCAACCGACGUCCAGUGGCACCACCACCAAACGCGCCAAAAAGUCAACACAAGACACGACGGCAUCUCAAGGUUCCUCUUUGGAAACGGACUCUGUCCCGAUGGAUACGACCGUCCAUGAAGAUGAGACUCCCGCUUCUAUUAGCGAUGAGCGUUACAAUUUGUUCAAAAAGUCGUUGACCCAAUUAUUCCGCGAAUCGCGUGCCCAGUCGCUGCCUUCCAGCCGUUUCCGCGCUUACCUGGUCGAGAAACAUUCGGCCGAGCCUUUCCAGUCUCAUGAAACUCGGGCAGCAUUCGAAAGGAUGACGGAGGCCAAUCAAAUCAUGGUAGCAGACGAUAUUAUCUUUCUCAUCUAAUUUCCCUUAUCCGAAUGAUUUGGUGUCACCUUUCCUUCUGUUUACUAUUUCGAUACUAAUAAUUCAUCACUAAUUAAUCAAUAAACGAACAAAAAGA